CUAAACCCUGAAAACCCUGAACCAAUUUCAGCUUCUCUCGCGCUCGCUUGGAUUCACCAUGUAUCGGGCAGCGGUAGCCGCCGUUGCUUCCUCUGCGCUCAGGCGAUCGUCCUUCCAGAAGCAGAGGGAUGCCCGGAGGAUUGGGAGCGGUGUACUUCUUUAUGCUCGGAGCUACGUCGCAAAGGACAUCAAUUUUGGGGUUGGGGCUCGGGCGGCAAUGCUUCAGGGAGUUAACGAGCUUGCUGAAGCCGUCAAGGUUACCAUGGGCCCCAAGGGUCGGACUGUCAUCAUUGAGAAAAGUCAUGGAGGCGUUAAAGUUACAAAAGAUGGUGUGACGGUUGCAAAAAGCAUCGAGUUUAAGGAGAGAUCUAAGAAUGUUGGUGCAGAUCUUGUGAAGCAAGUCGCUAAAGCCACUAACACUGCUGCAGGAGAUGGUACAACUUGUGCAACUGUUCUAACUCAAGCAAUACUUGCCGAAGGUUGCAAAUCGCUGGCAUCUGGAGUUAAUGUUAUGGACCUACGUCAUGGUAUUAAUAUGGCUGUGGAUACUAUUAUUUCCCAUUUAAAGCAUAGGGCCUGGAUGAUUAGUACUCCAGAAGAAAUCACUCAGGUGGCUACCAUUUCUGCAAACAAUGAACGAGAGAUUGGAGAGUUGAUUGCCAGAGCAAUGGAAAGAGUUGGGAAAGAUGGAGUUAUCACUGUUUCUGAUGGAAAUACAUUGGACAAUGAGAUGGAAGUGGUGGAGGGAAUGAAACUAGGCAGGGGUUAUAUAUCACCUUACUUCAUUACAGAUGUGAAGACCCAAAAAUGUGAACUAGAAAAUCCAUUGAUUCUUAUUCAUGAUAAGAAGAUUUCAGACAUGAAUUCUCUUGUACGAAUAUUGGAGCUUGCUUUAAAGAAUCAUAGAGCACUUCUAAUUGUGGCUGAGGAUCUAGAAAGCAAUGCUCUAGCCAUGUUGCUACUGAAUAAGCAUCGUGCUGGUAUCAAGGUUUGUGCCAUCAAGGCUCCUGGUUUUGGUGAAAAUAGAAGAGCAAAUUUGGAGGAUCUUGCCAUACUUACAGGAGGCGAGGUUAUCACUGAAGAUCAUGGCAUGAACCUUCAGACAGUCAAAGUGGAAAUGCUUGGUACCGCUAAAAAGGUAACUGUCUCUCUUGAUGAUACUAUUAUUCUACAUGGUGGUGGUGACAAGAAGCUAAUUGAAGAAAGGUGUGAACAGCUUAGAACAACUAUGGAGAAAAGCACGGCGAUGUUUGACAAGGAAAAAGCACAAGAACGGUUAUCAAAGCUUUCUGGAGGUGUUGCUGUCCUCAAGAUUGGUGGAGCAAGUGAAGCUGAAGUUGGUGAGAAGAAAGACAGGGUUACAGAUGCUCUAAAUGCUGCAAGAGCAGCUGUCGAAGAGGGAAUUUUGCCGGGUGGUGGAGUUUCCCUCUUGUAUGCUACAAAGGAGCUUGAUAAGAUUCAAACCUCCAAUAGUGAUGAGAAUAUAGGAGUUCAGAUCAUUAAGAAUGCCCUAAAGGCACCUACUUUAACUAUUGCCGGGAAUGCUGGUGUCGAUGGUGCAGUAGUUGUUGGCAAACUGCUUGAACAAGAGAAUCUUAAUUUGGGCUACGAUGCUGCUAAAGGAGAGUACGUUGACAUGGUAGAGGCUGGAAUAAUCGAUCCCUUGAAAGUUGUUAGAACUGCUUUGGUAGAUGCUGCCAGUGUUUCUGUCUUGUUGACAACCACUGAAGCAGCAGUCGUCGAGCUUCCUGAUGCGAAAAGUGGCCCAAAAGUAAACCGCAUGGCGCAGAUGGGUGACAUGGAUUAUUAAUCGGAAGAAAUAAAUAGUGACUUCUGAUUUUACAUGGUUAGUCAACAACAUGAGUGUUCCUUGAAGUGAGGCUGCUCCUUCAAUCCACAUCAAAUUUGGUUGGGAUUUUGCGUCUUUGAAGAGUUUUUGUUGUAGCUCAAGGCCAUGUGAGUCUAGCAUCAUUUGAGCUUUGGAUCAUUAAAACUGUUGUAAGGUAUAUGCCCAUUCAUUGAGGUGGCUGCACAAGCUGACCAAUAAUUUUUUAUAUUUCCUUAUUUACUUAGGGCAGGAAUAUUUAGAUUGGUCCCGAAACAAGUAGUCCAUGUAGUAGUAGUCUAUGUGUCCAGUCUGAACGUUUGUAUUUGGCCCAUCCAUUUGCCGUUAUCAACUCACUGCCGUUGCAUCAAG